GUUAUGUGGGAGCUUUGACUUUUCAUACAACCUAACUUUCAUCUCCUCUCAAAACGUCCUCCUGGUGAUGCUAAGUACAGAUGCAAAAGGAAGAUAUCCUGGGUUCAAAGCAGAAUUCUUCCAGAUGCCAAAGAUGACAUCUUGCGGUGGAGUUUUGAGGGGCAUCUCAGGAAACUUCACCACUCCUUAUUAUCCAGCCCACUACCCUCCAGAUUUGGAUUGUGUAUGGAAUAUAGAGGUGCCUAAGAACAAAAAUGUGAAGAUACGCUUCAAUGAAUUCUACCUUGAGGAUCCUGGUGACUCAUCCAACUCCUGCCCCAAAGAUUAUGUGGAAAUCAACGGUGUCAGGUAUUGUCAGCCCAGCAAGAGAUUUGUGGUAAUGAGUAAAACCAACAAAAUUACAGUUCGUUUCCACUCAGAUGAGUCACACGUGGACAGUGGCUUUUCGGCAGAGUAUUUGUCCUUUGACUCCAAUGACCCUUGCCCAGGGCAAUUCACCUGCAAAAGUGGCCGUUGUGUCAGCAAAGAAAGGCGCUGUGAUGGGUGGUUUGACUGCCAAGAUGCCAGUGAUGAGAUAAACUGCACUUGCACUGCGAAUCAAUUCCGAUGCCAUAAUAAUUGGUGCAAGCCAAAGUACUGGCUUUGUGACACGGUGAAUGACUGUGGGGACAACAGCGAUGAACUGCAGUGCGAAUGUCCUCCUGAUAGCUUCAAGUGCAGUAACGGCGAUUGCAUCCCAGCGCAGCAGAAAUGCGACGGAAAAGCUGACUGCAAAGACGGCAGCGACGAGGGGGAGUGCAGCUCCGUGGCCAACGUUUCCUGUCAAGCAUAUACAUACAAAUGCCGCAACAAUCAGUGUGUGAGCAAAAGGAAUCCAGAAUGUGAUGGAACGACAGACUGCAGCGACAAAUCAGAUGAAGAUAAUUGCGACUGUGGCCUCCGUGCGUAUAGCAAGCAGUCCCGGAUUGUGGGUGGACUGGAUUCGGAUUUGGGCGAAUGGCCCUGGCAGGUCAGCCUGCAUGUGCAGGGCGAGGGUCAUGUCUGUGGGGCUGCCUUGAUAUCCAACAAGUGGCUGGUCACGGCUGCCCAUUGCUUUGUUGAAAAGAACUACAUCAGAUACAGCGAUCCCUCCCUAUGGACAGCCUUCAUGGGUCUUCUGAAUCAGGAGGCCAGGUCAAAUAGCCACGUUCAGAAAAAGGCUAUCAAGCAAAUCAUCAGCCAUUCGCUCUUCAAUGACUUCUCUUUCGACUAUGACAUUGCUGUGAUGGAGCUGGCCAGCCCUGUCACUUUUUCCAAAGAGAUCAUACCUGUCUGUUUGCCUGAUACCACCCACGAGUUCCCUGCAGGAAAAGCCAUCUGGGUGACCGGGUGGGGAAGGACUCAAGAAAUGGGUCCUCCUUCCAGUAUUUUGCAGAAGGCAGAAAUCCGGGUGAUCAAUCAGACCAUGUGUGAAUCCCUACUGGCCAAUCAACUCACUGCACAAAUGAUGUGCGUAGGAGUCCUGACCGGAGGAGUUGAUGCUUGCCAGGGAGAUUCUGGAGGACCGCUUGUUAGCGUGGAAGUUAACAAUAGGAUGUUCCUGGCUGGUGUAGUCAGCUGGGGAGAUGGUUGCGCUCGCCGGAACAAGCCAGGAGUCUACACCCGGGUCACCAAGUUACGAACAUGGAUCAAAGAGAAAACAGGGGUGUAGGUAGUUUCUGCCAC